AUGGGGAUUCCUUCUUUAAAGCUACCACUGUUUUCUGGAUUUUAUGAAAAUGGCAAUGGCCACAUGAUAUUCACGGCACAGCGAGGUUUAGCUGAGGAAGCCGUGACUCAGAACUCCUUGGUGAACGGGAAAUUUCCCAACGAUGCCCGCAUUCUCAAAGCACUCUUCUUGCUUUGGAUACUUUUGAUCGAAGUGAAGAACCUCAAACUUUUUCCUAAACAAAAUCACUUUUUCCUCAACUGUUACACCUGCAGUCAGAUUGUGAUUGUUUCUCUUCUUGGAGUUUUCCUGGUUUCAGCUCUUGCUAACAGGAAUGGCAAAAAAAACUUUAAGGGGCACCACAAUGAAAACUCCAACCACUCUCUCGCCGACAGUGGGGUCAGCACCGGCUCAAAGGAGUACUCUGAGGACUGGAAAACUGUCUGGGACAGAAAGACGGGCUACAUUGCAACCAAGGUAUUUUCAAAUAACACCUGCAUCAUUGCUAAAAUGGACAGGAGGUUUUUGCUUGGACCAUCUCAAGGACACAAGGGACCUAGCGAUCGCCAACUUCCACCCAGAGAGAGUCGCUUUGUUAUCUCAAAAGACAGACUCCAAAGCUUGCGCCGAUACGGAAGACGCAUCCAAGCUCUGUGCAGAGGAAUUCCCUCUUACCUUGCUUUCCCCGCCACUGGUGAGUACACCCGUAACCGUGGUUUGUAUACCAACGUAAAAAUUAACAAGAUCACAAAUAAGCAUGAAAAAGAUUGA